GCAGUGUGAACUGUGAAAGCCUUUCGUUGUUCAUCUGUGUACUUGUGUGAGUGACAAGCUGGCCUGCUAAAAGGACAUAUCUCUUACUAAAGGACACAUCUCUGAAAGGGUGCCCUAAUACGUCACCAGCAGCCAUGGUGGAAAAUGAUGAUGUCACAUAUGCUAAAGUCAACUUCAGCCAAUCAGGGAGCAGGAAGAAGAAUCAGAGUGGAAUUAAUGAGAGGGAAGAUGUAAUCUACUCAAAUGUGAAUCAUCUAAGAGAGGGGGGAUCGGCUCCUGAUGUCUCCUCCCCUGAAGUGCGAUCCAAACCGAAUGACCCCUUACCAACACCAAGGUCAGAGGUCAAGACCAACAAGAGGACAUGUCACAGAUCCACUAUGGUCCUGCUGGUUCUGUCUAUUCUUUUGCUGGUCAUGACCAUCUGUCUUGGAGUGAUGGUUGUGCUGAAGGCAGAUUUGGAGGCAGCUUUACGUGAAAAUGAAAAAAAUCUCACCGAUCAUUUUUCACAGUUAAAAAGCUUGAUGAAAGACAAAGAUAAUCUCACAAAUCAUCUGGAAACGCUGGCAGUAAAUCAUAGCAAAGAGAAGAUUGACCUGAAAAAUCAACUUCAAGGGAAAAACAAUGAAACAACAAAACUGAAGAGUCAGAAUGAAGCCCUGGCCCUGAAGAAUGUUGAUUUGAUGAAGAACCUCUCAGAACUCCAGAGGAAAAAUGCAGACCUUGAGUCACAACUCUCAGCUUCACAGGAAAGUUGUGCAUCUGGCUGGAAGCCUUUCAAUGGGAAGUGCUACUACUUUUCCACUGAUGUGAAGAACUGGGCUGACAGUAGGGAUGCCUGUGUGACUAUGGGAGGACACUUGGUCAUCAUAGAGAGUGCAGAGGAGCUGGAUUUCCUAAAGGGUGUCAUCCUUUCUAUAAAAAUCCUUUCUAUGUCAUACUGGAUUGGUCUGACUGACUCAGUUACAGAAGGUGACUGGCGUUGGGUGGACGACACAGCCUUCCGCUCUGACUCCAGUUUCUGGGAAAGAAAAGAGCCUGACAACUGGACAAAGAACAAUGCCCAUCCUGAAGGGGAAGACUGUGCCCACAUGAGUGGUCUUAAUGGUGGACAUUUCAUGGAUGCCUUUUGUUCCGAUAGUAAACAAAGAAUAUGUGAGAGUAGCUUGCAGUGCUCAAAAGGGGGAUGAGAGGUCUCUCUUCAUAAAUGGUCAUUAAACAUGUGUUUUAUGAGAUAAAAAUGUACACGUUUUUAGAUUUUGCAUCAGAUUUAGCUAUGUAGUGUGGCUCAAGCUUGAAACUGAGCAUCUAUGAGUAUAG